GAAAUGAUUGCUUUUUUUCAAAGCUACAUUUACAUACAACUUUACAACAUAAGGAAAACACGUACAAGUUGAAAAGACAUUGAGAUAGGACUUUACCAUGUAAAGAUGACACGUAUAACAUAACAAGACAUUGAGAUAGGACUUUACAAGGUAGAAAUGACGUGUAGAAGAUUGAAAGGAAAGAAGGUCAGGUGGAAGGUGUGUGGAGAAUCAUCACCAGGAAGGCUGAGCCUUCCAACAAAAGAAGCACGUCGACGUGUAGGGUGUGUAGGCCUCCAAAUGCAUGUUCCUGUCCCACUGACGACAUCCCAGCCUGGUGCUAAUCUACACAACCUGAUGACUGACCUUUAACACAUCAUCAUGCGUGUUUGCAUUCACUCUUCAUCAUCGUGCACCACCGUGACAUUGUGCGUGUGUGUGUGCGUGUGUGUGUGCGUCCUUGGCUGACAGAAUAAAAGCGGACCAAGAGGAGGAUACAAGAAGAAGACCGCAUCCAAAAGAGAACAACAAUGACACAGCACAGACAGCACGGUGGUCAUAUGAGCAGCAGCAGCAGAAGAAACAGUGAUGGAGGGCUUGUUCCGCUGGAUGAGGUGCUGCUGUGGCGAGGGCGACGCGGCGAGAGAAACAAACAAGGAAGAGGAAGAAAUGGAAGGGCUGGGGAUGGAGCAGAGCGUCGUCAAGAAGAGCAGAAGUUCAUCAUCUCUGCCAGCUGCUCAGUUGGAUCAGGAUGGUCCUGGCAGGGAGCCUCACUGGUUCCGCACGCUGCAGAUGCGACGGCUUCGGGUGCAGCGAGGGCGCAGUAACAGUGACCCGUGGAGCAGGAAGAGCUGCCAGGAUCCCUCUGUCUGGAAACCACAGCUUCAGUUCGGAACAGCUACCUCGUACGUGAGUCUGGAGAAACUUGGUGAAGGCUCAUACGCGUCUGUUUAUAAAGGCAUCAGCAGGAUUAACGGGCAGCUGGUGGCGCUGAAAGUGAUUGAGACAAAGACCGAGGAGGGCGUGCCGUUCACCGCCAUCAGAGAAGCCUCUCUGCUCAAAGGCCUGAAACACGCCAACAUCGUCCUCCUCCACGACAUCAUCCACACUAGAGACUCGCUCACCUUUGUCUUCGAAUAUGUGCAGACGGACCUGGCCCAGUACAUGAACCAGCAUCCGGGGGGUCUGCACUCUCACAACGUACGGAUCUUCAUGUUCCAGCUGUUGCGGGGCCUCACCUUCAUCCAUGGUCGCCAGAUCCUCCACCGCGACCUGAAGCCUCAGAACCUGCUCAUCAGCUACUUGGGAGAACUCAAACUGGCUGAUUUUGGUCUGGCCCGGUCCAAGUCUGUCCCCUGCCAGAGUUUCUCAUCAGACGUAGUUACACUGUGGUAUCGGCCCCCGGAUGUUCUGCUGGGUUCUACAGAUUAUUCCACAGCUCUGGAUAUCUGGGGUGCGGGGUGCAUCUUUGUGGAGAUGCUGCAGGGGGCGCCGGCUUUCCCUGGACUCACUGACGUGUUCGACCAGCUGCGGAAAAUCUGGACGGUCCUUGGUGUCCCGUCAGAGGACAACUGGCCUGGGCUGACCCGACUGCCCAAUUAUCAACCAGACUGGUCUCUUCCCUCCAAGUCGAAGCCAAUUCGCUGUGUAUGGAAAAGGUUAAACCAGCUUCCAUCCAAAACUGAAGAUCUUGUCCAGAAGAUGCUGAUGUUGGCGCCCGCCGACCGGAUGUCGGCGCCAGACGCCCUGCACCACCCGUACUUCAGCACCCUGCCGCAGCCCAUCAUGCACCUGAGGGACACCGUGUCCAUCUUCAAGGUGCCCGGCGUCUACCUUGAGACUGAGGUCCGUGACACCUUCAACCCCAGCAGGCGAGUCAGACCUUCACUGCUUCCGACCGCCAAGUUUUGGUGACAACAUCAACUCAAGCAAUCGGGUGCUAACAGUCAAAGCUCUUCUCAGCUCAAAGGGAAAGUCGUCAUUUCCUGCUCGCAUCUGUUAGCAGCUGCUGAGUGUUCAGAUGUCUCCCAAGAGCUGCCACGAACAAUUCAUCCCUUCAUUCAUUUGGAAAAAGUCCUUGUCGAUUACACAGAAUAACAAUUUGAAGCGUCUGCAAGGCUUCUCAAUGAAGGCUGGCAGGAAGUACUCGUCCUAAUUGUCCCAUUUGAAAAGUGCUCAUUGAUGAUUUCACAUGUUUUACCAAACAAGCAGUGACGUGCACCCAGGGGGGAAACGGGUAAGGCAGAAAGAAAAUGAGGAUAACAUGAAAGAAAUAGGAAUGCAGUAGUACCUCGCAUAACAUAAACCUCCUUUUACAUAAAUUCCACUGAACAUAAAAAAUUUAUGUAAAGUUUUUGCUUCGUAUUACAGAAGAAAUGCCAUAUAACAUAAAGCGUCAAGUCAGUGCAAGUCUUUUUUUUUCAAUCAACUUUAUUAAUGCCUCAAGUCGGUGCAUGUUCAGACUAACACUUGGUGACGCCUUCUGACGCUUCACGCUCUCGUUGGCUGAUUUUCGGGGCACCGCCUCCGCUCUCAUCUCAUUGGCUGAUUAUCGGGGCACCGCCUCCGCUCUCAUCUCAUUGGCUGACUUAUCCCGCGCGUACGUGAGUUUGUGUGAGAGACAGGCUUAUCCCUUCAACCUCCUUCCUCUUCGUAGUCGCCCUGAAACUAACAAACAAUUAAGUUACAAAUUCAAAUUUUGCACACAGCAUUAUCGUGUAGUGCGUGUGCGUUUGUCUGUGAGACCAGCUGACUCUUAGACUCUUUGAGGCUAGUCCUCCUCCUCCUUCCUGCCUCCACUUGUGCUCCUGAUCAAGACAUCUCGUGAACGGUAAGAUUGUUUUUGAUUUUCAGUUUUAUUCAUUUACAGUAAUCUUAUUUAUUACUUUAUUUUAUAUUGGAAUGUUACUCUACUAUGUUUAUGCUAACGUUUUCUUAUAUUUUCUCAGUAUAUUUGGUGGACUUUGAAUAUUUUGAAGGCCCAAUAGGGGUGAGUUUGGGAAGAUCUUGGAACGGAUUAGGCUAUUUACAUGUAUUUUACGCUUCGUAGAACAUAAAAUCCCUAUAACAUAAAGGUUCUUGGGACGGAUUAUUUACGUUGUAGGGGCGUCUACUGUACUUGUGUCACAAACUGCAGAAGCAGGAAGGAAGUGCGAGGAAAAAGAAGAAAGAAAGAAGCUCCCAGGUGGGCUAAGUAGAAGGCUCCAGCUCGCGCCAGCUGUGCAUGAACACAAAAGUAAAGGCAGCUGAAAAAGCAGCAAAUGAAACAGGAAGAGGAACAAAAUAAAGGCAUGAAAACCUGAACUAAGGCAUAAAGUAACAAACAGUUUGAGUUGAAUGAAAUUAUAAAAGUAUUGUCUGUAUGAGUCCAAUCAUUUUCUGAAGUAACAUUGCUGAAUUUCCUCAUGAAAUCCUGAGCAGAAACCUAAGAUGAGGCUGCAGCUUCUCUCUCCUCUCCUCCUGACUGCACGGCACAGUCUGCUGCCUGACUGCGCUGAGUUAUAUCAUGUUGCAGAAACGUUUCUUCUACACUAAUCCCUCCGUUAUGGCGGUUCAUUGCUUCCAGAACCCAAGCCUGCUUUCCACACAGUAGGCUUCCUUAUUUACAAAUGGAAUAUUUUGGUAGUUAGAGCAUAGAAGACCUGUUUACCACCUUCUAAAUACACUUUUUAACAUCAUUAGAGCCCUCUAGACAUGAAAUAACACCCCUAUAGUCACCUUUACACUCCUAUUACCCAAUAUAGUAGACAUAAUAAGAGAAGAUAGGCCAUAGAAAACCUGUUUACCACUUUCUAAAUACACUUUUUAACAUCAUUAGAGCCCUCUAGACAUGAAAUAACACCCCUAUAGUCACCGUUACACUCCUAUUACCCAAUAUAGGAGACAUAAUAAGAGAAGAUAGGCCAUAGAAAACCUGUUUACCACCUUCUAAAUACACUUUUUAACAUCAUUAGAGCCCUCUAGACAUGAAAUAACACCCCUAUAGUCACCUUUACACUCCUAUUAACCAAUAUAGUAGCCAUAAUAAGAGAAGAUAGGCCAUAGAAAACCUGUUUACCACCUUCUAAAUACACUUUUUAACAUCAUUAGAGCCCUCUAGACAUGAAAUAACACCCCUAUAGUCACCUUUACACUCCUAUUAACCAAUAUAGUAGCCAUAAUAAGAGAAGAUAGGACAUAGAAAACCUGUUUACCACCUUCUAAAUACACUUUUUAACAUCAUUAGAGCCCUCUAGACAUGAAAUAACACCCCUAUAGUCACCUUUACACUCCUAUUAACCAAUAUAAUAGCCAUAAUAAGAGAAGAUAGGACAUAGAAAACCUGUUUACCACCUUCUAAAUACACUUUUUAACAUGAUUAGAGCCCUCUAGACGUGAACUAACACCCCUAUAGUCACCAUUACACUCCUAUUACCCAAUAUAGUAGACAUAAUAAGUGGAAAUUCGACAUAUAAGACUUGUGCUGGUGUGUGUUGCUCCAAAGGAGUAAAAAAGUCCGACGGAAUCAGUGCCUCAUCAGCCAUGAACCUCACCACACAUCACUGGAAACAAAUAUUGGAAAAGAUGGCUUGACAAAAAUCAAUGCUACUGCUGCAAAAUCAUUAGCUGGACAUGCUAAUAUUAGCGACCACCACAGCUGUUAUUUCUCCUGACGUAAGAAGCACGUUAUACUGAUUUUUUGACUUGCUUUGUUUACACGUCACUUGUGCCACUUUGUGUUGGCGCUACGUAGGACAAGUUUGUUUUUUUGUUGUGAAACUUGUCGGCGAUGUCAAACAAAAGUGUGUUCCCAAGCAAAAAGUAGCUUUCCCCUAACGCCUUGAUGAGAAUAUCAUCAUCAGCUUUGAUUGACAGCAAGCGGCAUGGAGAUAAAAGCUUGGUGUGAAUAUUAACCGCUUGUUUGUUUUCCUCACACAUUCAUUCCAACUAUUUGACAUAAAUAAACAUCAGGCUUUGAUUUUUGCUCUCCGUAGAACGUGACAAUUAUCUGAAAACGUCUUAUUUUGAUAAGCUUUUUAUUGCUAAUGGCAUGCAAGCGAUCAAAGUUGAAAGGAAGUGCUGCAUUCUUUUCAUCUUUCAAAGUCUAGCGAAAAAGUCAAGGUUGAAGUGUGUGUGUGUGUGUGUGUGUGUGUGUGUUAUUCAGUAAAAGUAGAAAAGAAUUCAUAGAAAAAGUCAUAGUAAUACUAAUAGGAACCAUUCUACGCUCCCUCACUGCAUUGCGUUUUUUCAAGUAAUAUUUAAUAAUGGCUGUUUGGUGGCUAACGAUGGCCCAUGUAGUCCAAAGACACAGAAAGACAAGUUGUACGUAGCACUGUGGUCGUUAGGACUCGGUACCUUUCACACUGCAUGGAGACUGGCUGCUGAACCAGCAGAACCCAGACCACAUGCCAUGGCUGAGACAGACACGCCAUGGCAGACAACGUUCUCCUCUCAUUCAGUGUGGAAGUGGUAAGCUUUUGUCGUCUCCUUCCCCAUUCCAUUUUGAAACACUUAAAUUUAGAAUAAGUAAAUUGGAGAGGCUAACUAGUUAGCUUAGUAGCUUGCUUUGCUAGCGGCAGCCGUCUGUUAUGUCCCUUCAGUGAUCCCGUAGCUUGCACAAUGUGAUGUAAACAAAGUAUAGGAGUGUAAAGGUGACUAUAGGGGUGUUAUUUCAUGUCUACAGGGCUCUAAUCAUGUUAAAACUCGUAUUUAGAACGUCGAAAACUUUUUUUUUCCAAUGUUUUCUAUGUUCUAACUACCAAAAUAUUCCAUUUAUUAACAUAUAUUUGUAUUACUCAUAUAUUCAUUUAACACGGUCGGGUCUGGAACCAAUGAAGCGCCAUAAAUGAGGGAUUACUGUAACAGUAAAUAGUCAGUGAAAAAAGUCAUUAGGUACAGUUACUAGUUACUUUCCCAAACAAGAACUGGAUGUGUAAUGGAAAGAGUCCAUCACAAAAGUAAUCAAUUAGUUUUGCAAACACUGUACAGUGGAAUCUUGGUUAGUGUCAUGAUUCCCUUCCAGAAGCUCCGACUCUAACCCACAUCUCCUCUAACCCUAACCUACCCAAAACCAACUCUAACCCACACCUUUUCUAACCCAACUGUAACCCAGACCUACUCUAACCUAAAUCUAGUGUAAUCCCAUAAGAAAUGAUGCCAAUCCAAUUCCUCCCUUGCAGGAAGCCAAAGAAGACAUCUUUUUAUACGGCAUCAAACUAUUGUCACUGCAUGGAAAUGAUGAAUGAACAUUGAAUGUACCUUUACCUUCCUUGAAGAUGUGAUUGUUGCCAAAUGCACCAACACAGACACCACCUUCCUGUUGGACUACGGGUUGCCAUGUCUGUAUUCUUAUAUACAUACAUUAAAAAUGCAAAAAACAGCCAUCAUUUUAUGACAAUAAAGUCAAAAUAUUAAAAAAAAAGAAUAAAAAGGUGCAAUUUUACCAGAAUAAAGUCGUAAUAUGAUGAGGAAAAAUGUCAUGUCAUGUUAGUAGCAUAGAGUAAUAAUUAAAUAAUGUAAAAAAAAAAAAAAAAAAAGUGGUAAUAUGAGAAACAAAACAAACUAAAGUUGUCAUUUUUGGAAAAUUGGAUUGGGGAAAAAGUUAUGUAAUGGGAAUAAAGUCAUAAUAGUAUGAGAAAACACUCAUUAUGUGGUCCUCAUUGUUGGGAAAAAGUUUGGACACCCUGGUUGUACCGCGUAGGAACAUGUGCUGGAACACAGUUAGCGCUUUUACUUUGAAGGUGUGCACCAUCUUUACCAACGGAGCACGGGGAAUCAAAAGCAUCUCGCUGGGAAUUGUUUUGAAGACUCCUCAGCACCUGGUCUCCUUCCCAUGGCGGAUGUCCUUGUGAGCAUUCCAGACGGUUCUCUGGUGUGGAAAUCCUUGCUGAGCUCGGAAAAGCUUUCAGUUAUUUUUACCACAACAUUUCUUUUGUUCUGUCAGUGACUGCCUGUGGCCCCGCCUCCUGAGCCAAUCAGUGCCAAGAGAGCAUCUGAUUGGUGCCAACCCACGAUGGAGCGGAAGACCCUCCGACUGCAGAUGAGUGCUAGAGCGGGGGUCUGCACAUGCAAGCGAGCUGGGGGUCUGAAGACACACAUGAGAAGAAGAAGAAGAAGGUGAGCUGCAACAUUGUGCGUGAAAGCAGAAGUGCAAGCUGGAGGUUGGAGCCCGUUAGCAGACCUCAUUUUCCCCCCUCGGGGUAAAGA